CACAAAAACUACAGCAUUUAGUACCAAUUGUAAUAAUACAAUACGAGAAAAUAUUUCAAAUUUAUUUGGCGCGAAAUGCGUGUCCCAAACUAUACCAUUAGAUUUUGUUCUUAAAAUAAAUCCCAAAAAACAAAUGAUAUCUGAAGAACACCAAUUUCUUGGUGAUGAAUGUUCCAUCCAUGUUAUUGGUUACAUAUCAAAACCUUUGAAAGGUUAUGGUCGUGGAAGUGCGGAUAGACAAUAUUAUUUUAUUAAUGGUCGACCUUGUAAUUUGCCAAAAAUCGAGAUGAAUCGCGUUUUAGAACCAUUUCGAUCCACCUUUGAAAGUCAUAAUACUGAAAUUAUAAGAUUAUCUACUAAUGAAAAUUCAGAAAAUUCAGAAAAUACAGAAAAUGCUUUAUGCCACGUGAAUACAAACCAUAUUGAGAAAGGUCAACAAAAUCGAUGUGAAGUUGAGGUAGAAGACAAAAAAAUUAGAGAUGACACGGCAGAGUAUACAGAGAAUGUAAAAAAUUAUAAAAUGCCAAUAGGAAAAAUUAAUGAAAAUGUUGGACCUGUAUAUUGUACGUUAUCCGAAGGAAAUUUAAUAUCAGAUUGUGCAAAACCCGGAUCUUUGGGAAAUUUGAAAGCAUUCGACUCAACUAGAUUGCCAUCUUCAAUUCCCUCGAAACGUAAGCUUUCUCAUGAAAAUACUGAUAAAUUUGCUGAAAGUAUUAGUUUAUUAGAUGAGAUCGAGAAAAUAUCUGAUACAGUACACGAAAAUCAUGAGAAACGUAAGAAAGGAAAUUUAGUUGAUGUGAAUGAACAUCCUUGUAAUGAAAUUUUAUCCAAGCAUUAUAAUAACUAUAAGCUACCCUUUGAUAUUACAAGAUAUGAUGUAAAUAAAUUUGAGAACAAAUUAACAACUUAUAUGGAAAAUAAGAAUGAUAAUAUCAAUAAUAGAGCACAUUUACACGACUUAGCUGGUAUUAAUAUGAUGGACAAUGAAGUUGCAGAAGUUGAACUAAAUAAAGUUAUAACAAAGAAAGAUUUUGUAAAUAUGGAAAUCAUCGGUCAAUUUAAUUUAGGAUUUAUUAUUGUUAAACUUAAUAAUGAUAAAAGUAAUGAAAGCAAUGGAGAUUUAUUCUUAAUAGAUCAACAUGCAGCUGAUGAGAAAUAUAAUUUUGAGAAUCUUCAGCUUUAUACCAAGAUCAAAUCUCAGCGACUGAUAAGUCCACGUAGACUUGAACUUACUGCAGCAGAAGAAAUGGUUGCCAUUGAAAACAUAAAAAUUUUGCAAGCUAAUGGAUUCGAAUUAGAAAUUGAUCAUGAUGCAAAACCCACAAAUAAAUUAAAAUUAUUAUCUCAACCCGUUAGUAAAAAUACAAUUUUUGGAGUUAAAGAUAGACCAGGGGAGAUGGUUCGAUGUUCACAUAUUCGAAAUAUGUUUGCAUCCCGGGCUUGUCGCAAAUCCGUGAUGAUAGGUGAUGCAUUAGGUCAACAAAAAAUGGAAAAGAUAGUAAAACAUAUGGGAGAAAUAGAUCAUCCUUGGAAUUGUCCACACGGUAGACCAACCAUGCGUCAUCUUUUUGACUUGUCACAAAUUUCAGCUUUUCAGUCAUAUUCUACGCGUCAAAGAAAUUACCAGGGCAGUCUUUUUAUAAAUAAAUGGUAA